AUGAUGCUCAAGUUGAUCAAAUCAAUGGUUCAAGCAAUAACUCGUCCGAUACAAUACUUGAUCAUCUCUUACCUCCGGUAUCUUGUCGGCCCUCCUUCGCUGACUCACCAUGAUAAUCAAGUCACGGUUAUCAUCGAAGAGACUUCUGAGAACGGAAGGAUCAACGUGAUCCAUGGCGCCACUCAGGCUUAUCUUUUCGACAAAAUCAACCUUGACUUCGUGGAAGAACGUGAGUUCGAUGAUAUAUACCAAGGGGCCAAGCUCAAGUGGAGGAUUUUCGUGGAUAAAAAUAAUAUUGGAAACAUCCCUAAGCAAUGCUUCGAGCUGAGAUUUGACGAAAAGCAUAGAGAUUUGGUCUUCGACUCUUACAUACCUUUCGUGGAGAGCAAGGCAAAGGAGAUCAAGAGCAAGAAGAGAAUCCUCGAGAUGCAUACAUACUCUCACUGCUGUGACACUUGGGAAACCAAGAUCCUUGACCACCAUUCAAGCUUUGAAACGAUUGUUAUGAAGGAAGACCUCAAGCGUAGACUCAUCGACGAUAUUGACCUGUUCAUCAGCAAGGAAGAUUUCUACAAAAGAGUUGGGCGACAUUGGAUGAGAUAUUACUUGCUGCAUGGUCUACCGGGGGCCGGGAAGACUAGUCUUGUUGCUGCUAUUGCUAAAUAUCUCAACUUCGAUGUCUAUAACAUAACUCAAGGGGUGAAAACUGACUUCGACACUCGGAGACUAAUUCGCAGAGUCGAGGAUAGCUCGAUUCUCCUCGUAGAAGAUAUCGACACCUCCCUCGAGGGCUCGAAAGUGGCAUUAUCGCAACUGUUAAGUUCCCUAACUUGGCCUUGGUCGAAUGGCAAGGCACGCGUCGUGAUAUUCACGACAAACAACAAGGAGAGGUUUGACCAAACAUUGCUAUGUCGUAUGGAAAUGAAAAUUUACAUGGGACAUUGCUGUUUUGAGGAUUUCAAAACGUUGGCUUCUAACUACUUGGGCAUCUCUCAUGACAAUGAUGCCCCACACCGUCUCUACCCGGACAUCAAGCGUUUGAUUGAUGGACAAGCUGUGACACCAGGUCAAGUCGUGGAGGAGCUAAUGAAGAGCCAAGAUGUUGAUGUGGCCCUCCAAAGCUUGGUAAGAUAUAGUUCAUCGAAGGAGAAUGAUCACAUUGAUGAUGAUCUACCACAAAUUCCAGAAGAAACAAGAAAAAACUCAAAUUUGGAUUCAAAACCUAGGAAAAGUCAGACUAUUAUAGUUGAAGCUCUGAACCAAGUUCGAUGCAAUGAGACAGAGACCGGAAGUAAUAUAGAUUACUCGAGUAACGAGAAAUAA